AUGACGACCAAAGAUGACAUCGUUAUUUCCGGGAUAUCUGGUCGUUUUCCGGAAUGUGACAACGUUGAAAAAUUCCAAAAAGCCCUGCUAGAUGGAGUGGACCUAGUGAAAGUCAGUAAUGAACGUUAUCCCGCAGGGUUGUAUGGGACGCCUGAAAGACAAGGAAACAUUCCUGAAAUAGACAAGUUCGACGCUUCAUUUUUUAGGAUCCAUCCUAAACAAGCCAGCUAUAUGGAUCCCCGCCAAAGGAUACUUUUAGAGACUGUGUAUGAGUGUAUUAUAGAUGCUGGUUAUAAUCCAGUUGAAUUAAGAGGGUCCAAAACAGGCGUCUACGUCGGUCUGGCAUCGUUCUCCUCGGUAGAGGCCCUCAGAAAAGAGCCCACCAACGGCUACACCAACCUAGGCCUCAGUCUGGCGUUAGCCUCCAACCGGAUAUCCUACUGCUUCGACUUCAAAGGCCCCAGCUACUCCAUAGACACGGCCUGCUCCAGCAGCAUGUUCGCCUUCACGAAUGCUGUCAAAGACAUUGAGGCAGGAGAGACGGAAAUGGCGGUGGUUUGCGGCGCUCACAUCGUCAUGCAUCCUCACGAGACUCUGGAGUUCCAUAACCUCAAUAUGUUAGCAGCAGACGGCAAAUGCAAGGUCUUCAGCACCGAGAGAGACGGGUAUGUACGAUCAGAAGCAAUCGUGAGCUACUUGCUUCAGAAAGAAAGCAAGAGCAGAAGAAUCUACGCCACUGUGCUCGGAGCCAAAACCAAUUCUGACGGCUACAAGGACGAAGGAAUAACAGUACCAUCUUGCGACGAUCAACUCAGGCUGAUGCAGGAGAUUUACCAAGAACGCGGCGUGAAUCCAGAUGAUGUAACUUACGUUGAAGCCCAUGGGACAGGUACUCCUCUAGGAGAUGUGAACGAAUGCAGCGCUAUAGCUCAAAUGUUUUGUAGCAACAGGAAGGAACAAUUGCCCAUCGGAGCUGUCAAAUCAAACAUGGGGCACUCGGAGAUGGCGUCGGGUUUGUGUUCUUUGACGAAAGCCAUCGUAGCCAUGGAAACCGGGAUCAUUGCUGCCAACUUGAUGACAGGAGAAAUCGACAAGGAAAUACCUGGAAUCAAAGAGAAUAAACUCAAGGUGAUAACAGAAAACACCCCAUUCAAAAGUGGUGUAAUAGCUGUGAAUUCCUUUGGCUUCGGGGGGUGCCAAUGCGCAUGUUAUUGUCAAACCGCACACCAAAGAAAAAGCGGUCUACAACAAGCCCAAACAUCGCUUGGUUCAAGUAUCCGGUAGGACUCCCGAGUCUGUCACUCACUUUUUGAACGAACUCAACAUCAAAUCUGACGACGAGGAACUGUUGGCUCUAGUAGACGAAAUUCACAGAGUGCCCGUUGAAGGGCACAAUUUCAGAGGAUAUGCAGUGUUGGGUGAUACCCCUCAACAAGAAGUGGCAAAGUACGCGAAAGACAGGCCAAUCUUCUUCAUCUACACCGGUAUGGGCUGCCAAUGGCCUGGCAUGGCGAAAGACCUGAUGAGGUUCCCAGCGUUCCGAAACACCUUGCAGCGUUGCGCAGCCGCUUUAGCCCCACACGGAGUGGACUUGAUGGAUAUCGUCACCAACACUUCGCCGAAGACCUUCGACAGCAUCACCAAUUGUUUCUGCGGCAUCGGGGCCAUGGAGAUUGCGCUGACCGACCUGCUAACAUCACUCGGUAUAGUGCCGGAUGGUAUCGCUGGACAUUCUCUCGGAGAAGUAGGUUGCGCCUACGCAGACGGUCAAAUAACAGUAGAACAGGCAGCCCUGCUAGCCUACGCUAGAGGCUACGCCUCCCAAAACUCCCAAAUACCCAAAGGCCAAAUGGCCGCCGUGGGCCUCACCAAAGAGGAGCUCCAGAGCCAGCUGCCUGAAGAAGUAUUCAUAGCCUGUCAAAACAGCAAAACCAGCUUCACAAUCUCCGGCUUGGAAGAACCCACGAAGGCCUUUGUGGCUAAGUUAACGUCCAAAGGAGUGUUCGCGAGGCUAGUGCCCUCGGCUGGCAUAGCCUUCCACACCAAGCACGUUGCCGAGGCUGGGGAGCUGCUGUUGGAGUUCUGCAAAAAGGUAUUGACGGAUCCAAAACCAAGAUCUUCUAAGUGGGUGUCCAGCUCAGUGCCUUCAAACAAGAAGGACCUGCCUUGGACCAAGAUGAACUGCGCUGAGUACCACCACAACAACUUCUGCAGUACUGUGCUGUUCGACCAAGUGUACCAGCACAUACCCGAGAAUGCUAUAGUGGUGGAAGUGGCUCCACACGGUCUGCUCCAAGCCAUCCUCAAAAGGGAGUUGGGCAAAGAAUGUACGAGCAUCAGCUUAGCGAACCGUUUGAAUGAAGAUAACGAGCAGUUUUUUUUAGCUGCUGUCGGAAAGAUUUUCAAUGCUGGUGGUGCACCGAAGCUAAGGAGCCUAUACGACAAGGUAUCAUUUCCAGUCAGUCGGAAAACUGCUAUGUUAGCCCCUAUGGUCAAGUGGGACCACGGUAUAAGUUGGUUCACCCCCUUGUGGAAGAACGAAGAUGGCUUUGGACGGGAAGUGACUGUCAAUUUGUCCAAUGAGAAAUAUUCCUUGUUGUCCGGUCAUAACAUCGAUGGCAGAGUCCUUAUGCCCGCUGUAGGGUAUUUGGAACUUAUCUGGGAGACAGUGGCAGAACUACAACUGAAGAAAAUGGAGGAACUACCGAUAAUUUUCGAGAACGUCAAGUUCAAACGUGCUACGGUACUAGCACACGGAGAAGACGUCAAAUUCCUAGUCAACAUAAUGAAACAAACCGGCAACUUCGAGAUCUUCGAAGGUGGUUCCGUGGUACUGACCGGUACCUUGAGGUGUCCCAAAGACGUCUCCACCCAGUUCUCUUACAACGAAGUAGAUGUCAGCCCCCAAAACAACUACCCUUUAAUGAAACUCGACGAUGUGUAUAAAGAGUGCAAUUUGAGAAGGUAUUUGUACAAAGAUAAGUUCAGGGGUUUGGUGGAGUGUGACAUCCACGGCCACCAGGGGAAGCUAGAGUGGAAAGGAAGUUUUACCAGUUUCCUGGAUACCAUGCUGCAUCUGACCAUAGUCAAAGAAACAUCCAGGGAUACCAUGCUUCCGGUGUCCAUGGGUCAGGUGAUUAUAGAUCCAGUGAAGCAUUUGGAGCUAGUAGGAUCGCAACCAGAGGUCCCAGUGAUAUUCGACCAAGACCUGAACGUGCUCAGAUCAGGUGGAAUUGAGAUAAAUCGUGCAGAAUCCCACAGAGCACCACGUCGCCACCAUACUCAUGAUCAACCCCACUUAGAAACCUUCGAGUUUAUAAGCUACGAGUCUCAACACGAACAGGACUUUGACACUUGUUUGAGGACGGCUCUCCAAAUCGUCAUCCAGAACAAGCUAGGCUUGAAGAAGGAGAUCAGGAUAUGCGAGCUCCUCGAUACCACCAAGAAAGAAACCGUAUUGACGGAGAAGAUCAAAGAAAUUAUAAACUUCCAACCGAUGACUAACGCGCAAUACUCGACAAGUGAACCAGGGGCAAUCACAGGCAACUAUGACGUUAUUGUAGUCAACGAAAACACAGCCAACUGUGAGAGUCUAGCUACUAACUUGACCAGCGAAGGUUUCUUUCUUUACACAGGAAAAACUACCCUAGGGAACGCUUCUUUACAGAUAAUCUUCCAAGGACUGUCUUCUGAAGACAAUGUCUACCUGUUGAGGCCUUACUAUGAGUUCCCUGAGAACUACGCUGUAGUCAACAUCAGAAACUCAGACUUCGAGUGGGUGGACAAACUAAAGAAGCUGGCCAAAAGCGAGGAACCCAAAGUGGUGUACCUGUUCGCUCAAGGCGAUCAAAUCAACGGCAUAAUAGGUCUGGUGAAGUGUCUUCUGACAGAACCCAGCAUAGUGACCUACAGAUCGGUGUUUAUCGAUCAGCAGACCGACAUUUUUUCGAUAGACGACGAGUUCUAUGCGGACCAGCUCAGGAAGAAUUUGACGUUCAACGUGCUGAGGAACAGGAGCUGGGGGACUUUUGUACAUCUGCCUCUGACACCAGUGCCCAAUAGGGACGUGGAGAAUGCUUCCAUCACUGUCUUGACACCUGGGGAUCUGUCCUCGCUCAGAUGGAUAGAGAGACCUCUACAAGAGAAGUCCCACGAGGACUCUGAAUUGGUACACGUCUUCUACUCGGCCUUGAACUUCAAGGACGUCAUGAUAGCUUCGGGCAAGCUCCAAUCCAACGCCACCUUCACCCCCACCGCUCCGGAAGUGACGAUCGGACUCGAGUACGCAGGCGUGACGUCAUCGGGUGCCAGAGUGAUGGGUCUGAUUGGCUACGACGGUUUAAGUCUGCAGGUCCGCUCCGAUCCGGGCUUCUCCUGGAAGAUACCAGACAGCUGGAGCCUGCGCGACGCUGCUACCGUUCCAUGCGUGUACGCCACCUGUUACUAUGCUAUGUUGAUACGAGGUCAAAUGCUACCUGGGGAAUCCAUCCUGAUACAUGCCGGCACGGGUGGUAUAGGCAUGGCAGCCAUUUCCAUAGCACUCAGUAUGGGCUGCAAAGUGUUCACCACUGUCGGAAACCAGGAGAAGAGGGAGUUCAUCAAGAGAUUGUUUCCGGAAUUGGAAGACAAAAAUAUCGGCAACUCCAGGAACAGAUCCUUUGAGAAGAUGAUAAUGUCGAACACAAGAGGGAAAGGCGUAGACCUGGUACUCAACUCCUUAUCGGCAGAUCUCUUCCAGGCGUCCUUGAGGUGCAUCGGAAGACAAGGACGCUUCUUGGAAAUCGGCAAAGUCGAUUUCUUCAACGGCACGCCCAUAGACUCGCACAUGUUCCUCAAGAACUGCAGCUUCCACGGUGUCCUACUGGACGAUCUCUUCGACUGUCACUCUGCCAUCAAACGAAGCGUACAACGUUAUCUAACAGAAGGCAUGAAUUCAGGCGUCGUCAAACCCUUACCAAGCACAGUUUUCGACGAAACCGAAGUGGAAACUGCCUUCAGGUUCCUCUCCUCUGGCAAACACAAGGGCAAAGUCCUCGUGCAGCUCAGAAAAGAAGACCCAGAUACUCUAAAAUCCCCCACGAGAACAAUAGAAGCUAUUCCCAAGGUAUACUUUGACCCCAACAAGUCCUACGUUAUCAUAGGAGGCCUGGGAGGUAUCGGCUUGGAGCUGACCGAUUGGCUGAUCAAAAGAGGAGCCACCAAGAUCCUCCUCAACUCCAAGAGGACUGUGUCGACCGGUCACCAAGCGUACUGCCUGCGAAAAUGGUCCCAACACAAGCAGGUAACCGUCAAGGUCAAUACGGAGGAUACCACACAGCUGGAAGGGGCUACCAGACUCGUCUGCGAGGCUAAGAAGCUGGGACCAGUCGGAGGCGUGUUCAACAUGGCCCUGGCGCUGCGAGACGCCCUGAUGACGAACCAGACGCAGGAUAGCUUCGAGGAAGCCUUCAAGCCGAAGCUGAGAUCCGGCCGGAACCUGGACCUCGCCACCAGGCAGCUGUGCAAGCAGCUGGACCACUUCGUCGUGUUCUCCUCGAUUGCCGCCGGCAGAGGGAACAUCGGACAGUCGAACUACGCCAUGGCCAACUCGGCUUUGGAGAGGCUGUGCGAGCAAAGGAGAGGGGAGGGGCUUCCUGCGGUUGCUGUGCAGUACGGGCCGGUAGGGGAAGUAGGGGUGCUGGCCAGGGUGAUGCAAAACGUCGAGGACAUAAUCGAGUCUUAUGAAAUGGCGCCCCAAAGUACAACUUCGUGUUUUCAAGCAAUGGAAACGAUGAUGCUGAAGGAACAAGCAGUAGGUUCCAGCUCGGUAUUAUCCUUCAAGGAAGCUGAAGGUGCUAACAGCAGCACCAGGAGUGCUGCUGAUGCUGUCGCCCAUAUUCUAGGAGUCAAUAAUAUAGAACUAGUGGAUAAAACGCUUACCCUCCUCCAGCUAGGACUAGACUCCCUGAUGGUAGCAGAAAUAAAACAAACCCUGUACAGACACUACCAACUCGACUACAGCCCCGAUCAGAUUCGAGACCUCACCUUCGACAAACUGAUAGCCUUAAGCGAAGACCCAACAGCCCCAGAAGAAGCACCCACAACCAAUAGCCCCAUCCCAAGCGAAAAUACGUCCCUGACAUACCUGCUGCCAAAAGAGCUUGUAAUCAAAAUCAACGGCAGGAACGGCUACAAGCGCAACAUCUUCAUGUUCCAUCCCAUCGAAGGCAACGUCGACAUUUCGAAGCCCUUGGCAGAGCAGCUGAAGGCGACCGUUUAUGGCCUCCAAGCCACCCGGACCUGCGACUUCGAGACCAUCUCGGAAACGGCGAGGUUCUAUCUGCAGGAGGUUAGGAAUGUCCAGCCCAAAGGUCCGUACUGCUUGUGCGGGUAUUCCUACGGCAGCUUGGUAAGCCUGGAGGUGGGGUUGCAGCUGGAGAAGGCUGGGGAAAAUGUGGAGAUGGUCUCUCUGGAUGGGUCUCCGGAGUAUGUGAGGCACACCUUGGACCAUGGCUUCCAGAGGAUGGGAGGGUCGGUUGAGAAGUCCAAGAUGGCGAUCGUCGGGUCCUUCUUUCAGUUCUUCCAGUCCACCAAGCAAAAUGAGAUAGACGAGAUUCUGAAACGGUCCAGUAGCUGGUCGGACAAACUACAGGGCGUUGGCGAAUUGCUAGCCAAAGAAACCGGCCACGAAGCAUCAGACAUAGCCGCCUCGGCGGACCUUUUCUACAAAAGGUGUCACGCAGGGUUCUAUUACGAGCCGCAGACCACCUUCAAAGGCAGAGUAUUACUGGUCCGGCGGGAAGACAAUCCUUUCUUGAUGUCUGAUAACUACGAUUUGCAAAAGGUAUGUCAGCAGCCCGUCAAAGUCGUGAAGAUACAGGGCGAUCACAAAACGAUUUUACUGGGUGAAAACACCAGGAUAGUAGCCAAUAUUAUUAAUGAUACGUGUUUAUCUAAUUGAAUCUUGUAUGUUUAUUAUGCAGAAAAUAAAUUAUUUUU